UCCAUCCCUUUCAAUAUCGUACUCAUCAUGAUUGUUGAUAAAUUUUAGUUUAUUAUGUAUGAUUGAUUUGGCCUAAAGAAUAUAUUGUAAGACUCUUUCGCUUCAUCAAACUUCAGCAGCAAUAAUCGAGCUAUGGUGCCAAGAUGCUGCUACAGUUAAUGGUAUUUUGUUUAUUACUAUUCCUGUUGAUCUAUUGGAUUUUGCCCACAGGCAUUAGCUGGUAUUUGAUAAAACGUUUUCGGGUCAAAGUGCGCAUUGGUCGCAUCACUUUGCCAUAUUUAUCCUUAAAGAACGUGCACAUUAGUAAGAGUGGAUUUUCUGUGCAAAUCGAAGAAGUAUGCCUACGCAGCAGUUUCUUUACCACAGAGGUAACAAAGCUCCUGUCCAUUUACAUAAGGGACAUCCGCAUCAACAAGGACAUUCACAGCAGCGGUGGUAGUAGUGCCGGCGUUGGCAGCAGUCAUAAUCAGCAUACAGAUGAGGGAGUUGGCAUCGAGGCCGCCGGCUUUAGUUGGCCUCCCAAGGAAGAUGAUAGUACUAGUGGCAAGGGUGUGCCGGACUUUCGGCAGACCAAAGUACCUGCCAGCAUUAUAACCUUUGCCCAGUUUAUGGCUGUGCAUGUAAAUAACAUAUCCGUGGUCCUAAUGAAUAAUGAUUUCGAUCCCGGCUGGUUUAUACAUGCCACAGCCAAAGAGUUGCAUCUGGAUGGCAGCAUUGUGCAAAAUGCCAGAGUUCUCUUGGUAAAUGCUUCAUUGAGCGAGGCUCAAGCUAAAAUGUUAAGGCAUUGUAGUCAAGCAGCAUCAAGGCGACAAUCCCUGGAAAAUAAUCUUCAUAAGAUACGUCCGUGUUUGGGUGAAGUUAGUUUUGAUGUCGCAUUAGAUGCCUCGUUAUUUGCGCAAGGACCUCUAUCAAUGGACACACUGAGCUUGGUCAUUAAUAAUGCCAAAUCCGUUAUACAUGGCGGUCUAUAUGAAUUUCUAAGCGAAGCAAAACAAAGGACAACGACAUCCUCAUCCUCCACCCAACAGCGUCGUCUCCAUGAGGCAUUUGCUUCAUCUCGCAACAGCAAUAGCAAUAGCUACGACAACGAUAACUAUGAAAAGCUAGCUCCAAUUAUACCAAAGAAUUUUAAUUUUAGCAUUAAGGCAGCAACAUUUUCGGCGGUGAAGGAAAAUUCCCAAAAUGAUUUUAGUGCCAAGUUGCAGCUGUUUCAAAUUACUGGUAAAUUCAAUUCUAAAAUGGUGGCCAAAUUGGUUUUCCAGCAUUUGGAUAUUGAUACCAAAUAUGAAAAGUUGCUCUUCGUUGAACAAUUUACUAUUGAUUCUAAGCUUGAAAAAGACAUUUUUAAUUUGUACGUGAAGCUCAAGACAUUCCAAAUCAUUUACAAUCAUAGCGAAAUUUAUGACUUUGUAAAUAAUAAUUUUUUGGCCCGUCAAAGGAGAAGCAGCAGUCAUCAUCAGUCAUUGCAUUUGCACAAACAGAAAUCACUUCCCAAUCACUUAUAUCUUGACCGUGCAGCGGAAACUUGCCUUAAAGCCAAACAACAGCGCGAAGGUGGCAUUUUAGAAUGGAUAAUGCAGCGUAUAGUGGUCAAAGGAUGUGCUGAAUUGUGGAAUGUUUCAUUGUUAAUGAAACUGGAAGACGAGCAUAUAGCUAUGAGUGUUAGUCACACACGAUUUGUUCUCGAACAGAUUGAGGAGAAGCGCAGCUCACUGUAUAAUAAUAAAUUUCUCAAUUUGCUGCUAAAUCAGCGACAAUGGACUAUGGAGCUAAUGGUAGAGACUCUUUGGUCGAAUUUGGGCAAUUCUAUAAAUGAUACAAACAAUCUAAAGAAGACCCAUUCUCCGGGUUCGCCCUUCUUUUUGGGCGUUAGCCUAGUAAAAUUGUGCUCCUAUGCUAAUACCACAAAAUUGGACAUAUCAGUGCAUACAUUUCGUACAGAAUAUAGCAUGCAAUUGGCUGAGUUUAUUGUCAAGUCAAUGGCUUGUCUGAAGCAGUAUGGUGGCUUAGAAGCCAAGAAGACAAAGCCACAACUAAAGAGAUUAUCAGAACAGGAUGCAGAGGAAGAAUUUGGAAAAUCAUUAAGAAUAUCUGUGAAUAUCAAAGAUAUAACAGCGUAUUUUGUGAAUCACUACAAUGUGUAUAUAUUGCUAAGCUUCUCAGAGAUUAACCUGUCUAAAGCUCUUCAUAUAUCUACACUGCAGUUAGAAGACUAUCAAAUGGCCAUCAUGCGAUCCAUGACUGGCUCAUCAUUAUGUCUUACUGAUUUUCAAGAUGUUUUUGCCAAUUGUAAAAUGAUACGAUUACAGCAUGAACAGAUGAAAGAUACGUUGGGCAAGCUUUCAGUGUAUAUACCCGGCAACAUUGAAGUCUCGUGGAACUCAAAUUUACAUAUGCACCUUUAUACAUUAGCCAGAGAUAUGAUUGAUCUAAAAGACGAAUUAGCCUUGCCCAAAUCGAAAGAGUUGAACGAAUCUGCCAAAUCUAGUCCAAACUUAAUAAUAGAAUUGUCAGCGGAACGCAGUUUUAUGGCCGAAUUGAAACUAUCGGAUCGUCAUUCUAUACAAAUCUUUGUAGAAAGUCUCUUCUUUAGUCACAAAGAACGUGAUAUGGUUUAUGCGAAGAACGUUUUAGUCCAUAUUGAUGAUCAGCAUAUAUUUACCGUUAAGGAAUUGGAUAUGCAAUCUCUGCCACGUCUAGAGGUCCUAACCCAUGAAAGACUCAACGUUCCCGGCUUUACAUUACCAUCGAAUAAAGUUUGGGUCACCUCUAUUGGAUCUUUCAAGGCCAUAUUUCCGUACGAUCAUGAUUUUUAUGAUGCCAUUAAUAAUGAGUGUGUCUCACAUUUCAAAUGGCUCAAACUUGUGCACAAUUACAAGAAGAAACCCUUCACCGUUAACUCACCCCUGCCUAGUGAUUUGGUAAUUAAAAUCAAAGAAUUCCUAUUGGAGAUUAGUGACGAUCCGUUUGAGGUGAAAUUGCGGGAUAACUAUGUACUUUUGGUGGACGAGUAUUUAGAAAGUUUAAAACGUAAAAAUUUGUUUGAUAAAAAAAUCGCUGAACUUUGCUCGGAGCGUCUAUUAGUGCCAGCAGGCACCAUUGAGAGUCUCUAUGCGAAUCUUGUAAAAAAGAAUUCCGAGAUUUAUAUACAACGUUCAAAGAAAAUACGCGAAAGUGGUCCAGUAAGGACGCGCCUUUUGGCCUGGAUUAUGACAGAUGUGGAAAUAAUGGCCAUGGCAGAUCCAUCGAUUCACGGCUAUGAGAAUGUCACAAGGAUUAUGCGAGACAUCGAUUCAGAAAGUCCUUGGCCCGAAGAGGGAUUACAAUUUACCACUCUCUGGUGUCGUGGAGUCAAUAUCAGCUGCUCUGAGUGGAAAUUUAUGUUGAGGGAUUUUCCCCAACCCAUGUUCUAUGUAAAGUCAAUGCGCCUCUAUGGCAAUCUCUGUGGCGCAGAACAAAUGGCUUCGAAACGUGCCAAACGUGAUGUUUUUAUUGAGGUGGGUGAACCGUUCGAAACCAAUGUGGUGCAACGGAGCAUGCCCUCGAUAAAGUUCUAUCAUGAUUUCGAUUGUGAACUGGAGAGCUGUAGCUAUGCGUUUGGUCCCUGCUGGGAGCCAGUGAUGGCUCAAUGCAAUUUAAGUUUUGAAAAGAUUUCGGCUCCCUCGAAAGAUCCUUCACCUCCGCUGCCGUUCUGGGAUAAAAUGCGAUUACUGCUGCAUGGACGCUUGACUCUGAUAGCUAAACAAUUUACAGUUCUGUUACAUGCGUCUUUGGAUCCCUAUAAUACAACCGAGGAGAUGGAAUUGACGUGGAAUAAUUGUGGCAUCAUAUGGACAAAUGCCAAAAUAAUGUUCAAGGGAGAACUCAAUGUGACUGUACGAACCGCUUCACGAUACGAUGAUUGCCGUUUGUUGCAUUUUCCAAAUCUUAAGCUUACCUUCAAGCUAAAUUGGGUCUGUUUGGCUAAUCCGAACGAUCAUCAUGCCGUAAUGCCAUGCGCACCGGAUAAAUUACCUGAGUAUUCCAGCAAUCAAGUGCAUGAUUCGUUUCGUGCCUAUCGUUCGCUUAAUCUCAAUAUUUGGAUAUCAUUCGAGACGAAGCCAAAGGCCGGAGAUGAAGUAGAAUUUGAUAUUCCUAGUCUUGUGCUAUAUGGCAGCACGUUACGUUGGUUUGAGAGCCUCAAGCUAAUCCUAUCGGGAGUGACACGUCCCACACGUCGUGGCCCCGUAUUCAACAAUGUGCGACCUCGAAAGAAGCAAUUGAGUCGCCAUUACAAAAAGGCCAAUCUACAAAUGUGUCUUCACAAAUUUCAAGUUUUAUAUUGGAUGUCGCAUGCGCUGCACAAGGGAUUCCAGUUAAAUGGACGUCGGGUGUCUUUCAGUUCGGAAUAUUGCCUAACACUAAAUCCCAUAGAUGAUGGUCUAAUACACCGACCACGAGCGGAUUGGUCAACAGUCUAUAUGAAUUGUGAGCUUAAUGAUGCUGAAAUCUGGUUGAAGAGCAUUGUGACCGAGAAAAUGGAUAGCAGCUCAGAGAAUUUAGCGGCAGCCAGUGCCGAUGCCUUAAGGAUAGUUCGUUUCUAUUUCUUGAGCGUGGCUAAGGUUUCCUACGGUCGCGAGGCUCUGAUGCCCUCAGCAGCGAGCAGUGCCGAAGAGGAUGCCAAAUCAAAAUCGGGCACACCAACCCACAAGCUGGUGGUAUAUGAUCUGAAAGGAGCCUGGACCAAAAGCAAUCGGGACGUUGCAUUUGCUCUGUUCGAUUCAUUCAUGAAAUCACAGAAACUGAAGAAUAAUCUAUCCACAGAGGCAGUAAAGAGUUAUCGCCAAGAGGGAGGCAACUCGGCAGCCGUAAUGAAACACAAACGUAGUGAUAGCACCAUUACCUUAUCGAGCACCAGCAGUGAGGUUUUGCCAAUUGUAAAUGCUAAGAAGGCCCCUGGUCAAAUACAUGCCACAGCCAUGUUACAGCAACUGAUCGCCGAGGCCGAUCAUAAAUUUAAUGUUUAUAGUGAUGAUCAUAGCACCCAGUCAAGGGAACUGCAGCUGCAAGGCUUACAGGCCUGCUCCGCACAAGAUGUGAUACAUGAGAAUUGGUCCAUCAGUUUGGUCAAUUCACAGGUGCUACUGAAGGGCUGUGAAACUUCGGGUUAUGUGAUAAUUAGUGCCGCCAAAGCAGAGAUCUUGCAACGUGUUCAUCGUCCUGUAUGGAGGGAUCGUUCCCUCAUUUCGAAGACCACAUGGAAAGGACUGCUCGAGUGCAUGCAGUACUAUGCUACAGUUAGUGCUGGUGAUGAUUCCCUUCUCGAAAAAGAGAUCAUGUGGCUGACCGUUGAUAAUAUCCAAGAUAAGGAUGAAACAGUGAUCAAUAAUCUACCAGAAGAUAUAUCCCAUUUGGUGGGAAGUGGUAGAAGUGUAGGCGGUGUUGUCUCCGAGACAGUGGGUGCCUUUUUGAGUGACAAUUCCGGGGAAUCGCAACCAGUGCAAUUGCAGAGAAUUGUUUCAAAAUGUAAAUGUGAAUUUUUCUAUGUGAGCUAUGGCGAUGCCAUUGAUCCGAAUAGCAUUAUUGAAGUGCCUCCUCCUCCUUCGGAAGAAUCUUUGUCACCAUGGGAGAAGCAAGAUGAUCCUGUUGACGCCUUUACACUGAUGCAUCACGAUUUGGAUGUGUGCACCAAUUCUCUGCAAUACGCAAUGAUAUUGGAUAUUGUAAACAAUCUGUUGCUCUAUGUGGAACCACAACGCAAACAAGCAGCUGAAAAGCUGGCCAGAAUGCGUUUCCAGCUGCAAUUGCACUCUACGGAAGAUCAAAAGAGACCCAUUCAGCAAAAGCAGACACUAAUACGUAGUCUUCUGAUGAAAAUACGUUCCCUAGAGAAGGACAUUCAUUUAAUUAGCAAAGAGCGCUUCGAAGAAGGUGACACUUUAGAUUUACGUGUAGAUUUUGAACGUGUGCAACAGCAAAUCCGUGAAAGUAAAGAAGAAUUGAAUACCUACAGCGAGGAGUUGGAUAUGAUGUUGCUUUGCUAUAAGGAAACACAACUGUCCCAGCUCAGUAAAAUAUCCAAUGUUCGUUCCGACAAGUCCGUGACCAUGGUCCGAGCCAAUGAGAUUUGUUUCAAACGUGCUCAAUGGCGGCUAACAGAGACUGAUGGUCAGAUUGGUAUUGCCGAUUUGGUGCUAAGUGCUUUUCUCUAUACCAAAAAAUCCAAGAGCGAUGAUUCUGUGGAGCAUUUACUUGAACUAGGUAACAUACGCAUGGAGAAUCUAUUGCCACGUGAGAUAUAUCGUGAUGUCCUAUUGGCCACUGAAAUACAAAAGGACAUGCCUGUGGAUACACACAAACGUGUUCUACGCAUCUUUUGUAGGGAGAAGCCACCAGUUGGUGGUAUCUCAGUUAAGGAACACUUUGAAAUCAAUGUGGCACCGAUUACCAUAGCCAUUACAAAGAAAUUCUACAGUACUAUGCUGAAGUUUUGUUUUCCCGAUCGUGAUGCCUCCGAGACGGAGGCUAGUGAAGAUUUAGACGAGAACUCCUCAACUACCUCAGCAUCAUCGACAAAUUUGCAAUCACUUAAAUCAUCGGCAGGCUCGUCCUCUGUUUCCCUAUCGACUGCAUCAACAUCGUCAUCCUCCAAAAGAUCUGGCAAAAGCAAAAAGAGCAACAAGGAUUCUGAAUUCUAUGUGAAAAUUGAAAAAGACGAUGUCGAAAAGAUGAAGGAGCGUGCCGAAAAAAAUAAACUCUUCAUUUACAUUAAAAUUCCCGAAGUGCCUGUUCGCGUCAGCUAUAAGGGUAACAAGGAGAAAAAUCUAGAGGAUAUUACUGAUUAUUCAUUAGUCAUACCCACUUUGGAGUAUCAUAAUGUGACUUGGACUUGGUUGGACCUAUUGCUGGCCAUGAAAUCGGUCAGCAAGCGGGUGAUUGUCUCGCAGGCCAUUAAACAGAAGUUGCAAAUUCAUCGCCGGCAACCGGUUCUAAGCGCAGGCGAACGGGCCACACCCCAAGAAGAGGAUAAGGCCAAAAUGCUAUUUGGCAAUCGAUUGUUGAAUGAGAACCGACAUCAGCGUAAGGGAGGCGGUGUUUUCAAAUUUCCAUCCAGCGGCGCCGGCGGCAGCGGCAGCAGCAACAGCAAGUGAAACGAUAGAUAAUAUAUAUGGUAUAUAACAGAUAUAUAUAUUGUUCGAGUGUAUAGAUAUAAUUUAUUAUAUUUAUUAAUUACUGUACGUUUCGAAUGAUGUACGAAAAUAUCGCUGGCUCUGAAAUGUUGGUAUAUAUUUAAUCAUUUAACGAGAGUGUCAAGUAACAAUUUACAAAUAAAGAUCACACAUACACAGA